AUAUUCUUCCUAGAAGUCAGCACCGCCAAGUACGAAGUUUUAUCUCCCACCACUACUACGACACAUCCAUCCGAUGCUAUUAUAUUUUCGAACGACUAUAAUACAAGAACUGGUGUAUCUCAAUGGAAUCCACCUUAUCCAACACAACCAUACCCUCAAAAUUAUAAUCGACCCACUAAUUUGCCACAGCAGCAAAAUUAUAAUCGGCCCUCUAAUUUGCCACAGCAGCAAAAUCUUCAACAACAACAAUAG